AUGUCGUGGGACAAUUGGAAAGAAAAGGCGUGGUCGACGGCCAAGAAGAUUGAGACCAAGGCAUGGCGGACGGUUGACCCCAUAGGCCAUUGGACCAACAAGCAAAUUGGCCGGCUGGGGCUCGAGGCCUUUUAUCCGACGCAGUUGGAUGGCGAGAUUGACAAGGCUGCUCGCAUUGUCACCAACUUUACUUCGAAGGGCGAAGCUGCUGUACCGAGUGACCAAGAUGGUGAGUACAAGGACGGCCAAGUCAAUGAUGAGUAUGCGGCUCGCAAGACGCAAAAGGUGCUUUACAACAUUCCGGCUCCCGUGUUACGUGGCGCCAAGGGUGUGGCCAUCUUUACCGUGUUUCGCUCCGGCCUCGGUAUUUCUGGUGCGGGUGGAUCGGGUAUCGUCAUGUCGCGCUACGAAAACGGCGACUGGGGCGCACCGUCCGGUAUUCUCGUCCACACAGUCGGCUGGGGCCUGAUGGUCGGUGUGGAUGUGUACGAUGUCGUCCUUGUGCUGCGCACGCAGGAGGCUGUGAACGCAUUUAAGUAUCCCAAAAUCAGCAUCGGUGGUGAACUAUCUGUGGCAGCUGGUCCCGUCGGCAAUGGUGCGAUUGUCGACUCGGGUCUGGAAGCUUCGCCGUGCCUGUCGUAUGUCAAAUCCAAGGGCCUCUAUGCUGGUGCACAGCUUGACGGCUCGAUUUUCCUUACGCGCUCUGAUGAGAACGCGCGUUACUACAACUAUCCUGGCAUUCCGAUCGAGACCAUUCUCGACAACAAGCUGCCCAAACACCAGAUUCCCUACACGUGCAAGUCCGUGUGGCAGGCGCUGUACGUGGCUGAGGGACGUCCUGACUACAUGGGCACAGAUGCUAUUCCUGAGGGUCCAUCGCCAGGUAACUAUGAGGCCACAGAUGAAGAAAAGGCGGCGUUGGCGAAGGAGCAGGACGGCACAAGCACAUCGUCCGCGCCUAUUCUUCCGCCGCCCCGCCGGGUGUCCAAGGCAGCCGAGGCCGAAAAGGACCGAGAACCAGCAGCACGACAGCCGCCACCGCCGCCCUAUGACGCCUCUCAUUCGAAGUGA